CCGCCUCUCCCGCCCAGCGACCUCGCUCCCGGGGCGUCGCCCCGCGUGCGCCAGAGUCGCCGAGGUCGUCCCCGGCACCGGAAGUGACCCUGGCGGGUUUGUCUUCAAAUUCUCGGCGAGCAGGAGCCGCGCCGGCAGGUGGUGUUGACGAUUGAACUGGGCAGUACUGGGGCCGUGAGCGGAGAGCAAAGUGGGCUGGACUGGGUCAGGCCCUCCUUCCUCGCUGCCGGGACCUCCACUCGGCCAAUCCCCUGUGCCUGGCGUUGGGCGGUUUCCCGAGAAGCUUGGGCCGCCGCAGGUGAGUUUUCACUCUGGCGGUGCUCUGGGGACCCCCGAUUUUCCAGGGCCGGGCUGGUGAGGGACUCGGGGGGCCCACAGCGAGAACCCGCCGCGCAACCCUCCGUGAGCCUGCCUGUGCCUGAGCUGAGGUGUUAGGUCCUUGCUGUUGUCCACGAUAACUUGGCUUAGGUGACAGUCCCCCUACCUGAGGAAUCCUGUCAGGCGGAGGACUUUUCGGGGGCUCCUGUCGAUCCCAUCUUUUGAUCUGUGUCGUUAGCGAAGUCACCAGCCGAGAGUUUUUAGUUCUUCGAUUUUUCGACUGGUUCUCUCCCGAACCCGCUCACGCCCCCCACCCCGAAACCCUCACAGCUUACAGUUGAACAUGAGUCUUCUUAUGAUUAGUGAGAAUGUAAAAUUGGCUCGUGAAUAUGCAUUGCUGGGAAACUAUGACUCUGCGAUGGUCUAUUAUCAGGGAGUUCUUGACCAAAUGAACAAGUAUCUGUACUCAGUCAAAGAUACAUACCUCCAGCAGAAAUGGCAACAGGUUUGGCAGGAAAUAAAUGUGGAAGCUAAACAUGUUAAAGAUAUCAUGAAAACACUAGAGAGCUUUAAACUAGACAGCACUCCCUUGAAAGCGGCACAGCAUGACCUUCCAGCUUCUGAGGGAGAAGUCUGGUCCAUGCCUGUACCUGUUGAACGAAGACCCUCACCAGGACCUAGAAAACGCCAAUCUUCUCAGUACAGUGACCCUAAAUCACAUGGUAAUCGUCCAAGUACAACUGUCAGAGUUCACCGUUCAUCUGCACAGAAUGUUCACAAUGACAGAGGGAAAGCUGUUCGUUGUCGUGAAAAGAAAGAACAGAAUAAAGGAAGAGAGGAAAAGAACAAAUCACCUGCUGCAGUAACAGAACCAGAGACAAAUAAAUUUGAUAGUACCGGAUAUGAUAAAGACUUAGUAGAAGCUUUGGAAAGAGAUAUAAUUUCCCAGAAUCCCAAUGUUCGAUGGGAUGAUAUCGCUGAUUUAGUAGAAGCUAAAAAGUUGCUUAAGGAAGCUGUAGUGUUACCAAUGUGGAUGCCCGAAUUCUUUAAGGGCAUUAGGAGACCAUGGAAAGGAGUACUGAUGGUCGGCCCACCUGGCACAGGGAAGACGCUCCUUGCUAAAGCAGUAGCUACAGAAUGCAAGACAACAUUCUUCAAUGUCUCUUCAUCAACUUUGACUUCCAAAUACAGAGGAGAAUCUGAGAAGCUUGUUCGUCUUCUGUUUGAAAUGGCUCGAUUUUAUUCUCCAGCCACCAUAUUUAUUGAUGAGAUAGACUCCAUCUGUAGUCGCCGAGGGACUUCUGAAGAACAUGAAGCAAGCAGAAGGGUGAAAGCGGAGCUGCUGGUUCAGAUGGAUGGUGUUGGAGGUGCUUCUGAAAAUGAUGACCCUUCCAAAAUGGUUAUGGUUCUGGCAGCUACUAAUUUUCCCUGGGAUAUAGAUGAGGCUUUAAGACGACGCCUUGAGAAACGAAUCUAUAUUCCUUUGCCAUCAGCAAAAGGCAGGGAGGAGCUAUUACGAAUAAGUCUACGUGAGCUGGAAUUGGCUGAUGAUGUUGACCUUGCAAGUAUAGCAGAAAACAUGGAAGGUUAUUCAGGUGCGGACAUUACCAACGUGUGCAGGGAUGCGUCCUUGAUGGCAAUGAGAAGGCGCAUUGAAGGUUUGACUCCAGAGGAAAUCCGAAAUCUUUCCAAAGAAGAAAUGCACAUGCCUACAACUAUGGAGGAUUUCGAGAUGGCUUUAAAAAAGGUUUCUAAGUCAGUGUCUGCUGCAGACAUUGAAAGAUACGAGAAAUGGAUAUUUGAGUUUGGAUCAUGCUAAAUUCUCACAUGUAAACUGUGAGAAAUGUGCCUUAAGUGUUUGAAUAUUAAAUGCAGUAAUUCAUUGUACUGAGUGCUAUAUUUUUUUUAACUUUCAUAAUGGUAAGAUUUUUUUUUUAAAACCCUUAUGAUUCUGAAUAAAGGCAAUAUUUUUAAGCUGAAAA